CUAACAGUAACACUUUCGAUUUCUGCAAGUUCGUGUGCACAUCAUUUUCAUACAGCGUCAUUUGGAAAACCCAUCUACAUAGCUCAGCCAAAGUUGGUCAUUUCAUUAUUACAAAUAGCUCAUAAAAUAACCAAUUAUAGAUAAGUUCUAAACGGUGAAGAAUGGAUCCACCGAAAUUCCAGAAGGCGAUGGCAUAACAAGUGGAAGAAGAAACGUUUUUAAAUUGUCAAGUGAAUGUGAAACUUAAAGUGCGGGACCUAUUAUUGGUAAAAAACAAAUGAGUGCACCCCACAACAAAGUGGGAGUAAAAUCGGCGAGAGAAAUGGAAACUCGAUUUGUUUGGAAUGGUGUCAUCAGAAAAUUAAUAGUUAUUUUUUUGUUGCUCCAAGCAACAUCCUCUCAAAAUGCAACUAAUUCAACAGUAAAUAGCUUAACGUCCAAAAAUUCAAGUACGAUUACAAAUUCAACAACAUUAGUCAUCUCAUUAAACUCGACUGAAACAUUGGAAGCUUCCAAGAAAGAUAAACGCCAAGCUCAACGGGGCUACACUGACAUUCCGUUGGAUGAGAGAUCCUUCGAUGAGGUCGCAAACUCCUCUCCUCCUCCUUUCGUAGAGUUCGAAAGCGAUCGGCCACCACCUGCAUUGACAAACAAUGACAUUUCAUCCUCAUCCUCAUCCGGUUACCUUCCUUCACUGGACAGGAAACCAGACUCGAGUUUUUUCUCGCCAAGGUUGGGCUUCCCAUCAAAUCUUCCAAAAUUGGACGAAGUUCCGGCAGCAACCACGAUAAUUGAGAGAAGGGACGACUUUUUCGACACGAGCGGAGAUGGGAAACCAAUUCCAGGCGAGGCAGGUCGAGAUUAUCCGACUUUCUCCAGCAUCCCGAGGACCUCAUUCUCAUGCAAAGAUCAGGCAUGGCCGGGCUACUACGCCGAUACUGAGGCUCGCUGUCAGGUCUUCUGGAUUUGCCAAAAACAACGCAUGGAUGCUUUUUUAUGCCCCAACGGAACACUAUUUAACCAGCAGGUUUUUGUUUGCGACUGGUGGUUCAACGUUGACUGUAAUACGGCACCAGAAUUUUAUUCCAGAAACCAGUUUCUGUAUGCUGGUCCUGGUGUCGGAAUUGAUGGACAGCCAACGAGAGGUCACAAGGGGCUUCCACCCCUCGGAAGCUCUGGUGCAGCUAAUUCUUUCGUUAAUUCUGUUGUGCCCAGACCAAACUCGAAUGGAUUUGUUAAUCAAGUUCAAAGUAGCAACCAAGUCGCUCGUGUAGCGUCGAUCGGACAGAACCAAGUCUUACGGCAACAAUCUCCUCCUCCUCCACACCCAACCUCCACCGGAUAUAAUAAUAAUAACCAGAAUAACCAAAACUAUUUGCCCGUUAUUUCAUCUAAACAGGAGUCUCAACAUCAACAACAACACCAAAAUUAUAAUCAAAAUCAGUUGCAAUACACUGCUUCCCAGAAAUAUACCAGCAACCAGAAUAUGCUCAGCAAUCGAAUGCAAAAGAAUCCAACCAAUCCUACAGAUCGACCAUCUUCGUCGACUGAAAACUCCUUCACGGGUGGAUACCAGCAACAGCAGCAAUCAAAUGAUAAUCAGUAUCACCAAAGUCCUUCCAACGAAGUAGCACGUAGAACGUAUUCCAGUCCUGAGCAAAAUCAGGUCUUUGUGGAAUACCACACGAAUCGAAGCGUUUCUACCACGCAGAGACCGGAUGUCACUACAAUCCACACCCCUUCAUCGCGACCUAACACUACUCCUAGACUCGUAAACGUGAACAUUGAACCGAAAGGAGGCAAACAGCAAGCCGUCAUUACUUUCAGUGGUACCAUUAGCAGUACUGCACGGCCUGUCAGUAUCAAUACUGAAAUUCCUUCGUACAAUCAUGGAUCAUCAACUUUGCAGACCCCAAAAGAUUUUGGUCAUCCAAACCAAUUUAACAACCACCAGCAACAAGGGAGACAAAAUAACGGUUAUCAACAGGACGUCAACCACCAAAGGACGACAAGUGCACCUAUUACAACUACUUUUAGAAGCACUUCAACUACGUAUUCAUCUGUUAUGCGAGUGGUACCUCAAACUCAGCAUAUACAUCCUCAACCUUCCCCCAAUCCAAAUAACGUAGGAAACCGACAAGUUGGGUCCAUCGGAUCUCUUCAACCACCGUCUCCAACAACCAGCCCUUCACCGGUCAACAUCUUUGACCAGUCGAAUAGUAUAAAUCUUGGCCAAGCUGGAUUUGUCCCCCCAACUCAAAUCACGCCAACUCUGAUAACUUCAACACUGCGACCUCCAGGUCUUGAUUUGGACAGUCAGCGCUAUGUGGACCGAUUUGGAUUUGUUCAAAGCACUCAACCAAAUAACAAUCGUAAUUUUGUGUCAUCGACAACUCCACAACCAUUGGGCUUCAGUAGUACAGAAAAAGCAGCAAAUCUUCAUUUAGGUCAAAGGUCAAAUCAGUAUACCAAUUACAAUGGCCAACGUGAGAUUAUGUAUUCUCCCAGCACGAUCAACGCCAAUAUCGAAUAUCCAUACAGUCCAUCACAGCAGAAGAAUAAGCAAAAGAGAUUGGAGUUGGAAAGUUUAAAAAGUUUCAGAACUCAAGGCAAAGACCUUUUUGCAUAUCCCCACUUUCACGGACAACGAAGCAAUGCAUACUCUGAUGCAGACAGGUCCAGGGACGAUAAUAAGAUCAACGUCGAUUUUAGUACUCAGGUCCCUCCAGAAACACGUCCGUAUCAUCAACUUCCUGGCGAAAAUGUGCAUCAUCCCAGUAACCAAUUCCCAGGCAUCCGCCAGACUAUCAUCACUCAUCCUGUUUCUCAAACGCAAAAUCAUAAUCAUCAGCAGCAAAUUAAUCAUUCCACACCUUCGCCAAAUCAAAUCCAACAUCCCAAUCACAAUCCCAAUUUUAUCCCUCCUCCCACAGCCCACACUCUUCAGAAUAAUUUUGUAACGUCAAGUCCUAAUUUUCAUCAGGCUCAACAACAAAAUACACAUCAACAAGGUCACUUUGGCUCCCAUUCCACUUCCUCAAAUAUUCAUCAAAAUCAACAACAGAUCCAACAUCACCCUCAACAAGGGCAUGGGCAGCCAAAUUCGCAGAAUGCUCACCACAUUCCCGUAAGGUCUGAAGAUAGCAACAAUAAUCAAAGACCACCCCAGCAAAUACACCAACAGUUCCAACAACAACAACAACCGCAGCAACACGCUCAACCCCAACCUAACCACCAAUUUCAUAAACAGACUCAGCCCCAGCAAAACUUUCACCAAGUAGCGUCUCAAUCUCAACCUCAGAGUCACCAUCACCACACCCAAAAUGCCCCACCUAAUCAUCAACAUUUCCAAAAUCAGCAACAUCAACUUUCACCCUCGGCUUCUCCAAGCACCCCAUUUCAUCAAAGAAUAAUUCAAAUACCUUCGCAAAAUCUUCAACUACCUUCUUCCUCCCAGGAUCAUUUCAGGGAUGGUUUCACGUCUCUCAAAUCUGGCAGCUUCAUUUCAAUCGCUACAACAGCCUCGCCAGCUUUCUCUCGACAAAUCCUGUCUCAUCAACAACAACCCUCCAAAGCUACCAACUCCAUAGCUAACAAUAUAUUUCCAUCUCCAACCCCACCCCCCAAUGGGCUAAACUAUUUGGCAUCUCCAACCCCUCGCCAACAAAAACAACAACAGGGUCAAAUCUCUUCUACAAUGCGACCUCCUCCUCCUCAUUCCACUGCCCCCUCUUUCACCAAUGAUCAUUUCGUUGCCUUCCACAAGGACAGUUCUCCCAGCAAAGCUACACCCACCCCUUUCACAAAUCAAAAUUCCUUCAUCGCAGCUCCCACCCAGAGCAGUGUUAGUUCUACGAGCCCUGGACAUCGACAAAAUUCUUACCUCCCACAUAACCACGGGAAAAGGAACAAGCAACCUUCGAAUACAAAAAAGCAGCAUCAUGAAGGUCAACGAUCGAACCAAGAAUCCCAGCACAGAAAUAUUCAAUACCCUGCCAACUCUGCCAUCACCACCACAAUCAAAUACCCUGAAGGGACCGGAAGUCUCAAAGUAGGCGUCCCCGGUGCCACGAGUACGAAGCGCCUGGUCGACUUUUCCUACUCGGCGCAUCCAAAAAGCAAUACCACACCCUUCCCCACCGUCACAGAGAGGUUUAACAAUGUUGUAGUGAGCAGUACCACUCGACGACCACCAUCCCCUCAAUAUAACCGAGAAAGUCAUAGAAUUGUCACUCCAGGAGGGAAAAGGUUGGCUGGGGCCGUCCUUAAUAAGUCCACCUCUAGCAGUUCCGCCAUUUACGUCGACACUUCCGCAGUGGCAGAGUCUGUUUCCACCCCAGUGUCCGUGGCCCCCUCCCCCACGGCUGCUCCAGCCGUGUCCACCUCAAACUUUGGUCUAAGGAUAUCGACCAUGGCCAAAAAGAGGAUGGCAAAUGCUUGGCAAAACUAUUUUGGCAGUGGAGAGAAAGCUGGGAAUUCGACCCAGGAGAGUAAUUCCGCCUAGAUAAAAGCCAAAAUCUUGUUAUUCUCAUCAGUAUAAAAACAAGAACCCAAAGACUUGCUCGCUAAUUUAGAGUUGUCCUAUUUUUUUAUAAUCGUUUAUAUGCAUUUCUUGAAGUUUUCAUUAAUUUGAGUCAUUAUGUUAAGUAAGUAGAAUUUACUGCUGUCUUGUGAAUUUAGCAUUUGUCUCACCUUGCCUCCAUCAGCAGCACCACUGAAGAUGAGACGAUUAAAAGUAUACAAGUGCCGAUCAAGCAUUGGGCUAAUAGCAAAAUGCAAAAUAAAAAUUGACCGAUUGCUGGCUGGUCAUGUCAAAACUGGAUAUACAAAAUAGCAAAAAAGUACUAAAAUAUGUUUGUAUAAAAUCAAAGCAUGCUACACGUUCUUGUGUAUAUAUUAUAUCAAAUGUCAACGUUACUUUUGUCCCAAACAGAAAAAAGUUUCACGUUAUAAAAUCGAGUAUUUAAGUGAUACAAAAUAGUUUAUACUAAUAUUUUUUAUAUCAAGAAAUCAAACGAAAUAAAAAGAUUUUAAUGCAA